AUGGUAUCGUUGGAGGAUAAUAAUGGCCUGUUGUUGAUGGUAAAAAAGAGAAAGAUGGGUUAUAAAAUGUAUGAUAGGAUGGGUAGAAUAUGUGAUACGCAUGGUACCAUGAUGACUAACGAUCAUGGGAAGGUGGAAAAGGAAAAAAUUAUCAGUAGUGGUAAAAGAAUGUUAUAUGAUAUGGUAAAUAAUGAUAUCAGAAAAAUGAAAAGAGAAAAUUUAGUUAGAAAUGAUAGAAAAGAAGUAAUAGAGGAAGAUGAUAGUGAUAAUAGUUGUGAUGAUGAUGAUGAAUUGAGAACUAUUACGAUUCACAACCACGGAGUCUUAUCAUUCAAUGCAAUCCCAUAA